GUAAUCCCGUCUCAUCAUUUCACAUCACCACCGAGAAUUGUAACCUGGCGAUGACCAUGGAUCAUGGUUGAGUAACCAUAAUAGUCCGUCUUUGAGCAUCCAAGUGAUUUUUUGGUGAUUUUUUUGGGUUGAUUUGGUUUCUGGGAGAAGCUUUCAUAGCAAACCCACCUCACCCAGCUUUUGCCGUCUCUCAAUGACAUCCCCAGACUGGAGUCCCCCCAUUUCAGCUGCCCCGGCCCGGGCUCCCCCGUUCCCCGCUUGAGCCCGAGCCCUGCCGCAGCCGCAAAGUGGAACGGUGGAAUGGAGGAACUGUUCCUUGACCAGACCGGUCCCACCUCACCAAACCGUACUGCAUGCAAAAGAAGAAACGAGUUCCUACCUUUCCCGAUGACCACCGUGCCCCCUCCACGUGGGAUUUCAUAUCAGAGGCUGGCUUGGGUUGGGUUUUCCCAACAGGUCCCGAAAAGUUCCUCCUUUUCCCGAUCGGGUAUCCCGUAUGAUUUCUCUUCUGUCACGGCCGUCUAGGAUAGCCGCCACCACUGGAACCCUCCCUGGAGGAACCCGGACAGGGCAGAGGCUGACGGCAUAGAUGACGGCUUACUCUGCUUAUCCCGUUUCUUUUUCUUUUCCUUUGCGUUGGUUCGGUUCAAGUCCGAUUGGGAUCUUGAUGUCGUUGCUGGAGCAAUUAUCCAAGUUACCAGAUCGAGAUAUUUCUGCAGAACAGACUCCAUAUAAAAAGAGAUGACUUGGGGCUAACAUGGCUUUAAGCCUGCAGUACCCGCUAGGACUUGUUGGCUCAUCUUCAUCAACAAACGUAUAAGAGAGACCCCGGACAACACAUACACACGUGUAUCUUGUCGGUGUCUUCCUACUGUUCUUCAGUCGUUCUAGAAUCCUGUCAACAAGUUCAUCCAUACGCCUCAGAUUUCAAGAACCAUGUCCAGUGUCAAGCAGUCGGCCCAGGCCGCGACAUCAGAUGUCGUUGACACCGCUAAGAACGCCACGGCCGAGACGGUCACUGCCGCCACCGACUUUCUCCACACUCCGGCCGUCCGGGCAGCGCUCCCCUUCAUCAAUGGUGGUCUCAGCGGCAUGGUGGCCACAACGGUCAUCCAGCCCAUCGACAUGAUCAAGGUGCGCAUCCAGCUGGCCGGCGAGGGCAAGGCCGGCGGCCCCAAGCCGACCCCCCUCGGCGUCACACGCGAUAUUAUCGCCAGUGGCAAGGCCAUGGACCUCUACACUGGUCUCUCGGCCGGUCUCCUCCGACAAGCCGUGUACACGACGGCCCGCAUCGGCUGCUUCGACACCUUCAUGAGCCGGCUCUCGGCGCGGGCCAAGGAGAAGGGCCAGUCGGUAGGCUUCAAGGAGCGGGCCUCGGCCGGUCUCGCGGCCGGUGGUCUCGCCGCCAUGAUCGGCAACCCGGCCGAUCUCGCCCUCAUCCGCAUGCAAAGCGACGGCCUCAAGCCCGUGGCGGAGCGCAAGAACUACAAGUCGGUCAUUGACGCCCUCGGCGGCAUUGCGCGGAACGAGGGCGUCGCAGCGCUCUGGGCCGGUGCUGCCCCCACGGUGGUGCGCGCCAUGGCGCUCAACUUUGGUCAGCUGGCCUUCUUCUCGGAGGCAAAAGCGCAGCUGAAGGCCAGGACACAGUGGUCGAGCAAGGUGCAGACGCUCAGUGCCAGUGCUAUUGCCGGCUUCUUUGCCUCGUUCUUCAGCUUGCCGUUUGACUUUGUCAAGACGAGACUGCAGAAGCAGACGAGGGGCCCGGAUGGAAAGUUACCAUAUAAUGGUAUGGUGGAUUGCUUUGCUAAAGUGGCGAAGCAGGAAGGCGUGUUUAGGUUUUAUCGGGGUUUUGGAACGUAUUAUGUGCGCAUUGCGCCGCAUGCCAUGGUGACGCUGCUUGUUGCUGAUUACUUGGGUUGGUUGACCAAGUAAGUGGAAGUUGGUGAUGGAUGUUUGGUAGUUUUGAUAUAGUUAGGUAGUGAUGGUGAUGGCAACAGUGUGGAAUUGCAUAGAAUAACAGGUGGGCGUUUUUGGGAGGUUGAUUCUACUGCUGGAAUUUUUUGUGCUUUUUUUUUUCGGUUCAACGGUUCAUGCCGUCUUCCUGACUACGUUAUAGGAUGGCAUUUUCGUUUUGGUUAUUUUGGUUGUCUGGUGUAGUAUACCUUUUCUGUUAGUUUUGCUUGCUAGACAACUUGUGACAUUACCAUCCCUUUGUUAUCGAAGAUGA